AAGCACGAUUUGACAAAUGUACGAUCAAGUGCAACUAUCUAUAGUAAAUUUGACGGAGCCUCAAAUUACUGUGCUCAUAAUUCCACCAAAAAAAUAGAUGAAAUAUGGGUCCAGCAGCAACUCCAUGAUAGUUAUACAAGUGACAUUACAAAUGCUUGCUGUGUAGCAGGAACAAUGGAUCAGAGGGAUCCAUACUACAUUGGGCGUUACCAUUUUCUGCUUUACUGGAUCGUAGAGGAAUUAUUGAAGGAAUUGCAGGAUAGUAGGUUCAUAACAGUUAUGAAAAAAAUCUGCGAAGAAUUACAAAGGUUAAAUACUGAGAAUGAAAUUAAAAUUAUAUGCUCCGAUAUUAGUGAAAGUAUUUUAAAACAGAGGAAAAAAAUUUAUGAGUACUUUUGGGACUAUAAAGAGAUAAAGCAGCAAUUGGAGUCUGGUGCCCAGUAUUGUGAUUCGGAGUAUUGUAAUUACCUGAGUGAUAUACUUUCAACGUAUAGUACAGUGAACGAUACUUGUCCAGAAAGUGGUGACAACAGUAGUGAAUACUGCACCCAAUUUAGGAAGAUGUUUAUAGGAUAUGAUCAUAGCACGAUGCAAAACUUAAAAUCUAAAUUAGUGACGCAAACAAAAACUACGGUGGAUGCACAUAUCUCAUCGGAUUUAUCUUCCCAGCAGGACAUUCAACCCAUGGAAUGGAGGAAUUCAUCAUCUCCCACUGCAACUACCAUAUCCUCUGCAUUGGUCCCUACAAUUGGAAUACCUGCCAUCGCAUUUUUUUUAUAUAAGUAUACAAACUUAUUCUCUGGAAUACGUAACACUUUUCGUGGAAGCAACAAUCGAAGCAGAAGUGGAAGAAGUAAAAGAUUCACUGAACGCAACUUGGAUGCUUCCAUAACAACCGAAUCAACAUUCGGUUCCACUGAUACUUCUACACAUUAUUCAACAGACAAUUCUACCAUAUAUGAUAGACCACUUAAGGGAAGAGCAAAUAAUACACGUCAGAGGCAGAAAAAUAUUAGUUACUAUCCUACGUAA